CUGAGUGUCCCGGUCACGCCCUUAGCCUCCGUUAUUUUAAUGUCAUGCCACUUUUCCGUCACUAGGGAGAGAUGUGAACUCUCUCGCCCGCGCGCACACACACACUCGUGCACAUGUGUUUAAAGAGCGUCCCGCGGAAGCACGCACUCACUGCAGCACCGUCCCGCCGCGGGAUGGAUGAACCGGACGCGGCGCCUCAGCGGAACGGGUCCGCCGCGGGCGCGCGCAUGCACGGUUUGUUCACGGACGCGGACACCGGGCGGCUCACAGUCGCGCUGACUCUGUCGGACAGCUGCCUGACGGUCCAGAGGAUCGACUGCGCUUCACCGCCGGAGCACCUGGACCUGCGCGUCUGUCUGGGGAGCCGCGCGCACCGGGGCGAGGCGCAGGGCGCGCAGCUCUGCGUGUAUUUCUACCCGUACCGGCGCCGCUGGAUGGCCUCGGCCCCGGUGCGCCAAAGGGACGAGCGGCGCUUUCGACUCGGCACGGAGGAAAGCGAUGAGGACGCGAGCCUGCGCGAGGCGCAACGGUGGGCGCGCGCCAUCAACACCGCGCGGCGUCCGGAACACACGCACGGUGUGUUGUUCUCCGAGGUCCGUCGACCAUGUGGCGUGAUGGUAUUGGUCAAUCCUCAGAGUGGGCGGGGCCAAGCCAUGGCUCUCUAUAACAGUCACGUUCAGAGGAUGCUCACCGAGGCAGAUAUACCACACACGCUCUUCAUCACAGAGCGUCAGAAUCACGCGCGGGAUCUGGUGCGGAGCGCUGACCUGACGCAGUGGGACGCUCUGCUCAUUCUGUCUGGAGACGGACUGCUGUUUGAGGUAGUGAACGGUCUAAUGGAGAGGCAGGAUUGGGAAAAGGCCAUCCAGACUCCUCUGGGAAUCCUGCCCGGAGGUUCAGGAAAUGCACUGGCUGCAUCUGUCCAUCACUACACACGCGCGUCUCCGGUGUGGGGUGAAGAUCUGCUCACCAGCUGUGGCUUCUUGCUCUGUAAGGGUCUGGUGUCUAACCUGGACCUGGUCUCCAUCCGUCUGUCGUCCGGUGCCCGUGUCUUCUCCUUCCUGUCUCUGGCCUGGGGCUUCGUGGCCGACGUGGACAUCGAGAGCGAGCAGUUCCGGCAGAUCGGAGCGCUGCGCUUCAUGCUCGGCACGCUGCUGCGCCUGGCCUCCUUACGGGUCUAUCAGGGAAAACUGGCCUUCCUGCCCGCCGAGAGCAAGAGCGGACCGGACUCCGCGAGCUCUCCCCCCGCCGACAGCCGGCUGCCCGAUCACCUGCUCGCCCCGCUGGAGCAGCCCGUCCCGCGGGACUGGACGCUGGUGGAGGAGCGGGAGUUCGUCCUGGUGCUCGCCAUGUUCCAGUCGCACCUGAGCGAGGAUCUGCUGGCGGCUCCGGACGCACGCGCCGACGACGGGCUCAUCCACCUGUUCUACGUGACGGCGGGAAUCUCGCGCGCCACGCUGCUGCGGCUGUUCCGGGCCAUGCAGAGCGGGACGCACCUGGACUGCGGCUGCACACACCUGGUGUACCGGCGAGUGCGAGCGCUGAGGCUGGAGCCGCUGAGCGCGGCGGGCGUCAUGACGGUGGACGGGGAGCGCGUGGAGCACGGGCCCGUUCAAGCGCAGGUGCACAGAGGAGUGGCCCGCCUCAUCUCCGCGUGAACCAGCUUCAACCGUUUAAGGGCCAGAUUAGAAUUAGAGCGCAAUUCCAUAAAAGCGCCGAUGGCAGGGAAAAACUCUGCGAGUGAUUUACCAACAGUGCGCACUUUUAGGCGCUAAUUCUUCACUGCGCGUGCUGACAUAACUGUUUUAACGCCAAAAGACGGUUUACGCUGGCGGAAGCUGUUAUUAAAUCUGGCCCUUAAACGGGAAAUCCUUUACCUGAAGCAACCGCACAAUCCUGACUGGCUGCCGUUAAACUUGAAUCUAAUGUUCGUUCGUUUUAUU